UAAUAAUAAUAAUCAAUUUGAAGCUCUAUUACCAUCUGGGUUCUGUUUAAAAUCUUCAUUUUCUCUCUUCGAAUCUGCAAUUUCAAACUUGAAGGUAUUCUAAUGGCUUCCUCUAGUGGUACGACAACAUCAUCAGGUGGUUCAUACCCAAUUCAGAACUCGGGGUCUGAUGAAGAUCUUCAGCAAUUGAUGGAUCAGAGGAGGAAGAAGAGAAUGAUUUCGAAUCGUGAAUCUGCAAGGAGAUCUAGAAAGAGGAAGCAAAAGCAUCUGGAUGAUCUCAAGAGUCAGCUGAAUCAACUCAGAAAUGAGAACAACCAGAUCAUAUCAAGCGUCAGUAUCACCACCCAGCAUUACAUAAGCGUGGAGGCAGAGAACUCUGUUCUAAGAGCUCAGGUGGCGGAGCUGAGCCACUGGCUACAGUCUCUGAACGAGAUGAUCGCUUUUAUGUACCAACCUGUCGACACCGGUUGUAGGUUUGAGGACGAGCAAUACGGCAGCGGAGGUGGCACUGAGUUUGUCGACGAGUUCAUGAAUAACUCACUGAGUUACCUUUAUGCAAACCAGCCUAUUAUGGCUUCAGCAGACAUGAUUCAGUACUGAGUCAGAUGUAAAUCUCCUAAAAGUAUUGAAAAAAAAUUCAGAUUUGGUGAUAGCUUGGGUGUGUUAGGGUGGGGUGGCGUGGGGUGGGUGGAAUAAAGAUUUGUGAACAAAGGAAGAUGAAGAUUUAUGUGAUGAUUUAUGGGUACAAAGAGCUAUGAUUGUAAUGGGUCU